AUGAUCGCUUCCUCCUCGUUGCAACUCUCACAAGAAGAUGAAACCAUUCCAGUCCGACUCGAAGAACCAACCUCAGCUGCUGAAGACUAUCAACAAGGCUUGAAAGGAGAUGAACAAUGGGUGAGUGAGGUCCUUGAUUUCAGUAGUAGUUAUAGUGGAGCACUGGGUGGCUCCUAUGGACCUAUUAAUGUCAUUGGCCCAUGCUCGGUGUUUCCAGCAAUGCGGAGUAGUGGAACAUGUUGGUGUCCUCAAACAGCGAAUGGACCACAAUUUAUCACAGUUACUUUUGAAAAACCAGUCAUUGCCAAAGCCAUUCAUGUCUAUGAAAGCUCUCAUGCAGGAUCCAUUAUUAAAAUUAGUUGUAAGAAAUAUAAGGAAGGAGAAGAAAAUCAGAAAGCAUCCAAAGUAUCAAAACUUGUCACAACUGUGUCAAAUGUAAUUACCGGUGGUAGUGCUGUACCUCAUUUGAAUUACAACUCCAAUGAAUGGGUCACUUUAUUUGAACGAUCAGCUCCGGAAUACGUCCAUGGAAAGGCCGUUGAUUUCUGUCCACCUCUCAAGCACAGAAAUAUCAAAACUCGAAUUAUUAGAAUUGAUAUGCAACUCUCUGGUUGGAGUGAAAUUGACGCUAUCAAACUCGUUGGAAAACCAAAUUUUGAGGUUGUAGAAUCUAAAUUGACAGCACUAAGCGCCGUCUAUAAGAAAAUGUUCAAUGAUGCUUUAUUUACGGAUGUUACGCUAGUUCACACAAAAUCAGGAAAACAAAUCAAAGCGCACAAAUCUAUCUUGACAAGAAGAUCUGAAUUUUUCAAAGCCAUGGUUGAAUGUGAAAUGAUUGAAUCCAAAACUUCAAUGAUUGAAUUUGAUGAAGAUAUUUCGUUUGACAUUUUUGAAAGUGUGAUUGAAUAUAUUUACACCAAUCACAUAGAAUUGAAUAUGGACAACAUUUUCUACGUCUACGUAUUGGCUGACAAGUUAUUAAUUCAUUCCUUAUGUACCUAUUGUGGCCGAAAAUUUUCCACAUUCAUCAACGACGAAAAUGUAUUUAAAUUGAGUCAAAUAGCCAAACAAUUCCGUUCUUACAAAUUGAACGAGAUUGCCAUGGAAUGGAUUGUCGACUCAUAUACUGAACUUUUCCUUGUCAAAGAAUUUGCAGAGUUGGAUAAGGACGAUUUAUUAGUCAUUUGUCGACGUCUUGCAGAAAAACAUAGUAAGGACAGUGGUAGCAGUCAGACUAAUGUGCCUCAAGCGAAAGAGUCGUCAUUAAUGACUCCCAGCGAUAUUGGCUAUGAUUGUUCUUGGGACGGCUCCAAAAUUUAA